AUGGCACGCCUCAGAAAGAAGCCGCCACCACAGUACCAGACGACACAGGCUGCUCAUACCUCGGAUACCAAGGCAAGAGUCAUGUCCGGCACACAAGGUCUACGCGUCGGGGGCGCCGGCUCAUGGAGUGUGCGUACGCAGUGGAUCUUCUUUGCUGUCGCCAGCGGCGCGUGUGCAGCGUUCAACGGCGUCUUUGCAAAGCUGACUACGACAUCCCUCACGACGUCGCUGUCAAACAGCAUUGCCAAUGCGCUAGGCCUGUCUGACUGGGAGACCGUCAUGGAGUAUAUUAUGUGGUCGCUGUUCACCACGGCGUUGGCCAAGGGGACUUCAACAACCCAGGUCUCCAUCAUGAACACCUCGGCCAACUUUAUGCUCACGGCGUUCAUGGGAGCCAUCAUCUUUAGCGAGCAGCUGCCCCUCAUGUGGUGGGCUGGGGCUGCAUUCUUGGUGAUUGGGAACGUGAUCAUUGGGAGGAAGGAUGAGAGCAAGGAGGGUGCGGGCGAGGAUGAUGCUGGGUACGCGGCCGCUGCGCAGUCAGAGGAUGUUGAGCCCAGAGGGUUGAGCAGAGAGGAAGAAAGGGAGACUAGAGAUGAGGAUGUUAUUGAUCUAGGGGAUCUGCAUGAUGAAACGAGAUAG